AUGGCGCACCUCAACGUCAAGCCGGACCCGGCGCUGCUGAAGCUGCAGGCGAUGACCAAGAACCGCCACCACUUCUUCCGAUGGACGCCGAGAACCGCGAGAUUGACCUUCAUCUACGUCGCCGUCAUCCCCGCCAUCUGCGGGUACAUUGCGUACAAGACGGACGGCCUCUGGGAUCUGCGUGCGAAGCGAAGGGGCGACACCGCCUACGAGAAAUAG